AUGGAGACAUUGGGAGUCCAUCUCCCAAGCCUGCUGAUAUACGUCGUCAACUUCCUGCUGGUCCUGGGCCUGUUGUUCCUGUUUGCCUACAAGCCCAUCCUGCGGUUGAUGGACCAGCGGGCGGAUCGGAUCAGGGAAAGCCUGGAGGCCUCCGAGCGCGCGCGCGAAGAGGCCGCCUCUUCCCAGCAGGCCGUGGAGGAUCAGCUGGUGGAGGCGCGGCGCGAGGGGCAGCGCAUCAUGGAAAUUGCCCGCGAAACUGCCGAACGGUUCCGGGCCGAGGAAAUGGAGCGUGCCCGUGGCGAGGCGGAGAACUUCGUCUCCCGUGCCCAGGCCGACAUCCAGCGGGAGCGCGAUGCGGCCAUCGAGGAAGUCCGGGCCAGCUUCGCCGACCUUGCCAUCACCGCGGCCGAACGCGUCGUGCGUCGUUCACUUGACCGGCAGGCUCACGAAGACCUGAUAACCCAGGUGCUGGAAGAAGGCGAGAGCCUGCGAAGGGGUUAG